CCAAAUUCUCUAUUAUCUCUUGAGAUAAAAAAAAAGCCCUAAUCUCACUGCUCUCUCCCUCCCUCUCACCCAGUCGUCACUCUAUCUCUCUUGCAACGGUAACAGCAGCGUUUAGGUAACCCUUUUCUUUCCUCUCGCUCUUGCUCACGUAUACUCUCCCUCUCACCCAGUCAUCGUUCUGUCUCUUUUGCAGCAGCAACAACCGCGUCUGUAGCAGCGGCAACAAUAGUGUUUGCAUUACCGUCUCUCUUGCAGCGGCAACAACAACGUCUCUCUGGUUCUCCUUCCGGCAUCCAACUUGUUAUGGCACGGAAGAGGAAGCUUAAUAAUCCCUCUCGCACUAUGGCUGAUGUUUUGCGUAUGCGGACAUAAUCACCACCACUAUCACAGCCACCGAUACAGCCACCACCACCAUCACAGCCACCGAUACAUCCACCGCCAUCAUCACAAUUGUCUCGACCAACGUUGUCUUCACAGGCCACCACAGAUAUACAAAUUUGUUAUGUACUUAAAUUAUAUUAAUUAAAUUAUUUCAUUUUCACUAUACAUAAACUUUCUAAUUUCAUAUGCUAGGACCGACGACUUCUUCAUAUCCCACUUUAGCGACUGAUUCACAAGCCAACUCAGUUUCUUUAUCUUCCUCCCGAGGUCGAGGAUUUGCGAAAGGCAUUAAAGAUUGGGGUACGGACAAGAAGUUGGCCAUUGAUUUUGACGCCAACUUCAAUCCUACGGGAGAUAAUGAGUCUAAGUUAACUAGCCAACUUGGGUUCAUGGUACUUAAUGGGAACAUUGUUUCUCUUACGUACGUUGAUCGAAUCAAAGUGCCUAUUGAUGUUCUUGAGUCAAUAUGGGCGGAUGUUAAGGAUAAUUUACAAAUUUGUUUGGAGGGGUACAAACCACGUUGCUUGAAAAAGUACAAUGACUUGUGGAAGGAUCACGAAAGCAAGAUCAAGAAUAAGUAUUUUGAGCCUAACAAGGAUCAUACUAAUAUGAAAGACAUGGUGCCUCCGCAAACUGUUCCAGAACAGUGGUAUGGUCUUGUUGAUUAUUGGAACACUAAGAAAGUAGAGAUGAUUGCUGAAGGGUUGCCCACGGAUAAAUUGAGUGUUUGGAAAUAUACACGCAAUCAAAACUGACCCAGAUGUUAGGCAAACCAUGGACGAGUUUGAGCACCAAUUGUCCAUGUUGCCUGAAGAUUACCGCACUACCGAAGAUGCUCGAGACAGUGUUUUCCACGACGUGGUCGGUGAAGAUGGGCAUGGAUAUUGUCGUACUUACGGCAAGGAUGUGCCUUGGAGCAUGGUAUAUGGAGAUAAAUCUAAGUCAUCACAGUCAGGAUCUCAGUCAUCGAUUGUUGCCGAGAUCACAAAGCAGGUUCGUACGGAGUUGAGACAAGAGCUGCGGGAUGAGAUUAGAGAGGAAUAGAGGGAGGAGAUGCGAACAGAGCUUUCGACACAGAUACAAGAAAUGAAAGCUGAAAUGUUGGCUAUUAUGUCCCACGAAGGGGGUACAAAUCACAAUAAACAGGUACCGGAUGAAUUGAGUGGCCACCGUGAACCUACGGAUUAUGGCGCUGAUGAGAACCCACAUACACCGCCACCAAAUGAUGAGAUGCAAACCUUUUCAGUACGUGAUAUCUUCGCAUAUCGAUAUGGGAGCUUACUAUUGAUAUCAAAACAAGCUACAUUAUAUCUUUUUUUUAUUUUUUUAUUUCUAUUGUCGAUACUAAAAGUUUGAGUUCUUGAAU